CUCUAUAAAGCUUAUGAUGUGUUCGAAGCUUCAUUGUUUGAAAGCGCGCGCGGUACACCUCCUUUGACGGGAUCAGGACGGAGAAAGUGAUCUUGUUUUUGUUGGACUAACUUAUUUGAUGGGAUAUCAGUCCUAGACUAUAUAUUUCUGAUAGAUUUUUACUUUCGGGCUUAGUUGUAUACGUUCUGACUGUUUUUGAGUUCGGAAGGGGUCAUCUUUACGCACACUUUGCGCCAUGGCAAACUCUUGUCUCCGACUGAGCGGAUUUCUCCUCAGCACCCUCGGAUGGAUUGGUAUUCUGAUCGCCACAUCUACAAACGACUGGGUGACGAUGUGUAAAUACGGAUUGAACACCUGUAAGAAGAUGGAUGAGUUGGUGUCUAAGGGACCCUGGGCGGAGUGCGUCAUCUCCACUGCGCUCUACCACUGCGUCACCUUCACUCAGAUACUUGAGCUGCCAGCCUUCAUCCAGACAACUCGAGCCCUGAUGAUCAUCGGCUCGAUCCUGGGUCUCCCUGCAGUGGGAAUGCUCCUCAUGUCCAUGCCUUGCAUCAGCCUUGGAAAUGAACCCCAGAGCUCCAAAAGCAAGCGCGCCAUCCUGGGAGGAGUAGUGAUGCUGAUCGUUUCGCUGUGUGCGAUCGUGUCCACCAUCUGGUUUCCCAUCGGCGCCAACAGAGAACACGGCCUCAUGUCGUUUGGCUUCUCCCUUUACGCCGGCUGGGUGGGCGCCAUUUUCUGCUUGCUUGGUGGGUUCACGCUCAUCUGCUCAUCUGACUCCUCAUCCCCAUCUUCGUCUCGCUCUUAUCAGGACAACAACCAUUUUUACUACUCCAAACAGGGAGGUGGCAACCUGCCUGCUACCUCCUCCAACAAUCACGCCAAAAGUGCCCACGUCUGAGACGUGUCGUGUGUUAGAGCGUCGAAGGACGGGACUGAACUUUGUACAUAGAGACUAAAGCACAGAAGUGAACAGUCAUGGUCAUUACAAUCACAUACAUAUGUUGCAGAGGAGAAACACACACACACACACACACAUGCUAGUUAAUGUGAAUACACACCUUGACUGAACAUACCAUCAGAAUACAUCCAAAGACUUUUUUUCUCCUGUAGUACGAUUCGUCCUGCCUGCCUAUAUUAGUGUCAUUUGGACUUUAUUACAUAAAUGAACAAUAAUCUAACAGCAGCUUUAGGUAUUUUUCCACUUUUUAUCACACAAAAAAAAACCUCACAAGUGCCUUUGUUCUUGGUUAUUUUGAAACUGUUGUAUCGUGAUGUGUUGUAUUGAUUCAGUGUUGUUAUGAAACAAGUGCUUGUGUACUUUAGCAGUGCUGGACAACUCCUGAGGGACUGGCUCAAAUACAUUUUAACACCUCCACAUAUUGAUGGCUGCAUUCCUUUGUCAUAAAAGUGUAUUCUCUAUUAGGUUGUAACGUUUUGCACAAUAGAAAAGUAUUUCAAAGUCUAACAUUUAACUUUGUCUCCUGAUAUUCAUAACUGGAAGUGUGCCUUUAGUAUAUUUUUUUAAAGCCUGUGUCUAUUUUAGGUUUGGAUGAUGAAUUAUGUGACACAAAGAUCACUUUUAUUAUCCAUAAUUCCAUAAUUAGAUGAGAUAUCUUUAGGUUUUCUUUUGAGGCCAAAACUUCCUUUGACCUGUGAUAACAAGAAGAUGAUCUUCAUUGUAACAAAGCUUCCAGAUGUGGAUAUUUAUUGUUUCAUUACGUUUUAGUUUUCAGUGAUUAAUACAAAAAUAAACCAUAUUUGACAGAAAAAAA